AUGGACGACGAAUUGUUGCUCGGCUUUCUGCAAAAGAAAAUGAUGCUGGUGCGAUGGAUCGAAUCGAUGGUUGGUGUUGGGAUCGACCCGGACCUCUGCAAGUCAUUAAAGAGCGGAACUGUCUUGUGCUUUGUCACUAAAAUGAUCGACGACGACCUUAUCCCUUUCAUUCACGACUCGAAACACACGUACAAACAAAUCGAAAACUUAAACAUGUUCAUUCAAGUCUGCAAAGAGAUGCACGUCCCUCUUUUAAGACAAAUUAUAUAUGACGACUUCGUUCAAGGCAACAUCGUGAAAGUCGUCGAAUGCAUUUUCCUCUUUGUCACCGAGUGCUUUAAACAGUACGACAUCAAACCAUUUCCUGAAGUGAAAAUUUCUGAGGUCAAGUCGAAUAUGCCAAGUGCUGAAGAGAUUAAUGUGAUCCAAGAACAGCUCAAAUUGUCACAAAAGUUUGUUCUUGCGGGGAAGGUACGAGUCUCUGAUGAAGUCUUCCGUCGUACUUUAACAUACUUAAUGUCGACUAAUAAGGAAUUUAAUAUGGAGGACUUUGAAAAGACUAUUUCGAAGGCACAGGCAUACUUCAGACGCUUUUUUGCAAAGAAUGAAAUGAACGCAUUAAAGAAGAAGAGUGCGUUUCGAUUGAAAGUGACGCAAGAGAUGGUGAAAACAGAAGAGGACUAUGUCCGGUACUUACGAGAAGGCAUGGACAAAUACGUCCAUAUCAUCGAGAACUAUGUGAAGCGUGGCGUGUUAAAGACCGAUACCGUAGAAGUCAUCUUCAGUGAUUUAGAGAAGAUCUAUGCGUUUAACAAAGGCUUCUGCGAGUCACUGAAAAAGGCGACGAAAGACUUAGCGCCCAACACUGCAUGGAUAUCCGUCUACAAGCAAAUAGAAGGAGUUAAGGAAGUGUAUACCAUAUAUAUGAAUAACUACUCGUUAUCAUUGAAAAGAGUUGAAGAGAUCAUGUGCAUUGACUGUGUGAAAGAUGCGUUAGACGAAGAGAAGCAGAAUGGGAAAGACGUGUCGUCGUAUUUGAUUAUGCCCGUCCAGAGACUUCCAAGGUACGUCUUACUGUUGAAUGAGCUGUUAAAAAGAACGUGGGAGACGCACCCCGACUAUGCUUUAUUAAAAGAAAUGAUCACAUUAGUCAAGACAGUAACGACGGAGAUCAACGAGAACAAAACGAAGGCGGACAAUGCGAGGAAACCGGUGAACGUCUUAGACAAAUACAAACAUGGCAAAUUCACUGAUUUAGUGAAUGAAGAGAUCUACUACGAAUGUGACUUGAAACAUAAAACCACGAAAGUAGUGCUUAUCAUGACGAACACAUAUCUCUAUAUAGCAACUAACGACGUCAUUAAAUACGCAUUUCCAAUGAAUCGAAUUGUCCUCUUGCCAUGUAAUUCCCGAAAAGAUGCGUUUAAGAUUCGUGUGGGGAAGAAGACGAAGGUGAAACUGAUUGGGUGCAAGUUAAGUCGCGACUUUGGGGUGAUUAAAAUGGUUGAGGGGAUACUCCGCAAGAACAAUGCGCAAGAGAUGAAUAAGAUGGUGGCGUCCCUCCCAAUAACAGCGGAAGAGACUCGUAAGAAUGAAAUUAAGAAUAAGAGUGAAGCCGACGUCUUCAUUCAAAGAGAUGUCGACGUCGAGACGGAAUUGAUGAAACGGUUGAAAGAUAACAACUCGAAAAUUGGUGUCUAUAAUCGACGUGACACGCCACUCACUAAUGACCAACUUCCUUUUGUCACUGUUAUUGUCAAAGGACCAGCACAACAGAAAUUAGUUUCGAGGGCGUCUUGUAUUCCAGAAUCCUUCGAAGACUCCGACAAAAAGUGUGUGAAAAAAGACCGGAAUUCAGACGUCUUCUCACUUACUAUCUCAUCAAAGCCAUCACUCUCAAGCACUCCUGUUGUCACUACUAGCACACCACAAGCUAACAAAAAAGAACGAAAAGCAUCUGUAGCAGACUCAACACUCAAGUUAUCGAAGAAUGGAGGGAACAAUGACUUGACACGAACUAUGUUAAGACAGAAAGGUCCAGCAGAGAUCAUUGAUGGACAUCGUCUGAAAAAUACACUCGGCAUGGAUAUCUAUUCCUUCACAGAAUUGGAAAAACACCCCGACGGUAUCGAUAAAGACGAUCUGGUCUUCCACCUCUCCGACGAAGACUUUGUUGAACUCUUCGACGCGGACUUCAAAAUGUUCAAGGAGUGGAAGUCAUGGCGGCAACAAUCAGAAAAGCAGAAGUCCGGCCUCUGGUGA